CCUACACCAUUUGGACCACUUCCUUAAUUUUCUCUCUCCUCAAUCUCAAAUUCCCCUUUCUCUAUAAGUACUCCUUUGGCUCUACUUUUUUCUUUCAAGCUUCAAAGUUGAAAAACUCUCACACCCCACAAAGAAACCAAGAACAAACAACUCUGCAACCAAACACAGUCUUAAACUUUUAUUAUUUCCCCUGUUUUCCUCUGUUUUUUUUCUCUCUCUUUUAAUCUCCUAAAUUUGUCUAAAAAUCUUCAUGGGAAGUUCAAGAAUGAUGAAGGAAUCUGAAAAAAGAAUGUCAAGCAGAAGAUUAGGAAGGUUUUUAAGUGAACAAAGAGGAAGACUUUACAUCAUUAGAAGAUGUAUUGUUAUGCUUUUAUGUUCUCAUGAUUAAUUAAUUCUGUUUUCCUCUGUUUUCCUCUGUUUUAUAUUCUCCCCCUUUUCUUAACAUACUAAAUUGGUCUCAACACCCUCAACUAUAGCGCAGGCGCACCAAACAACUCCAACUAAGACUUACAAAGUUCGAGGAGUAAUUUUCUAUUUAGAAUUCCAAUUGUAUAUAGAAGAAGAGUGAUUAUGUUAGAUUUUUAAGAUAGUUAGCUAAGUUUGAUCAUGUUGUAUGGAUGACUUCUUUUUCUUUUUAUGUACAUGAUUGAAUUUCUAAUCAACAAUGUCUAAUCUUUGAUUUUGGAGCA